UUAUUAUUUCGGGGGAAUCUACGUCACACUGGUUUUGGUGGGGUGGUGUUAAAAUUUUAAAUUUAUAGCCAGUGCAUACCUAGCAUAAAUUAUACAGUUCCAACAGAACUACGAAAGAAACAACACGGAAAACCUUUCACUUUUUUGCUUGUAGCUGCGAUUAUGGAGCGUGAAAAACCAUUAACCCCGCUGCAAUCACCUUGCAGUAGCAUCGGAUCAGGAGCAUCCUCUGAGCAGUAUGACUCCUGCGCAUCUGCAUUUUCUUUGGGCCCCAACACCGAACGCACGUUCCGGAGAACACGACGAGGCCUACAGCUUGAUGAGCAACCCAUCGAUCACUCAGCAUCUCCCACAGUGGGUCGUUGGGGCUGCGAAUGGCCAAGCUGACUCGAGACAGCGGAAAGCUGCGCUCCAAGUCGAGCCCUUACAGGGCUUACAAGUACUUCUAACGAAGUACUUGCUAAUCCGGAUUCUUGCAAUGCUGGCUUCGAACACUUAAACAAACGCAUUGAGUACGAUCAGAUCGACGGUUACUGGCCACCAGCACAUCCUUUACCUUUACCCAGAUGGGCUGCAGAACCUUUAAAACCACACAAGUUUAAAAACGUUAGAGAAUAUGAAGUUAUUGCCGGCAAAAUUGAAAUGGAACUACAACACCUCUUGGAGCAGCACAAUUAUGACACUGUCGGCAAUUUCUUGGAGUUGUAUCAACAUUUCAAAAAGAGCAAAAUGAGGAGUGCAAUUGAAUUUUUCCAUAAGUACACACCAAAAAUAACAUCUGACCACCACACUUGUGUAGGCCUAGCCUUAGAAUUGCGUAAUCGCGUGGAAAAAUUCGAAAAAUCUUACCCCAACAUCAAAGGCCACAUUUGCAUAGUAUCUUGCGAAGAAAAUAUCGGUGCUGUAGAUGUAUACACAGCUUUGAGGGAUACUUUUGACACCAUGCCUUCCACUUUGGAAAAAGAACAUUGCCUAAUGUGCUUGAAAUUUGAAAUUAAUGGCAGAAGUGGAGUGUUGCUAUGCGAUCCUGGCUACCACGUUGCUAGGGUUGUUACUGUUAUGGCAGAUGAAGCUUAUCCUCAUACAAGCUGGUUCACCCAAUCUGAGGAGAACAAUAUUCGUAAAGAAUAUUGUUACUCAUUUUGUACAGCUAAAAGUACUUUUGUUCAGUGGGACGAAAGAACUACUAAAAACGAUAAACAAGAAAGUUUUACUGGGAUUAUUUAUGUAGAAAGGCCGUACCUUACGGCAGUUGAUGUAACAGAACGAAGAAAUCUUAUUUAUUCAUUCAGGAGUUUGUUAUCCAGAGAUCAGAAAGGUCACCUUAUUGCCGGUGUGUAUUUUAAAGUCAAACCCAAAAACGAUGAGUUUACAGUGUUCUACCAGGAUAUGGGCAAGAAACGGGUGAAAAUAAACUUUUCUGCACUAUUAAAUGCAGAAAUCAAUGAAGAUAUAUUGAAAAAACUGACAAUUGCCAAUGACCAGCUGCGCUUGCCCAAAGAAAAACUCUUGCGUAUCCUUCAACAAUGUGGAGAGCUUUUUAAGGACGAGCAUUACUUGAAGGAAAUUCUUGCUAUUGAAAAUCUCAUAAGCGUUAUGUCAGAAAACAACUAAAUUCGAUAAACGAGUUAAUAGCUAUAUUGUACUAAGAAAUCGCAAAUUUAACUAUAUUUCCUAGAAACUUAUGCAUACUUUUUAUUUUCGUUUCCAUUAAAAAAAUAAUCACCUAGUUAUUUAGAUAAAAUUAUGCCCUAGUAUAUUAGUACAAGAAACGGGGAUCUAAAAAGAGGGUUUACCUCAACAUAAUUAGAAGUUAACAUUUUUUGGGGGGGAUCGGUUAAUUUUCAUGUGCUUAAUAACAUAUUAAGUUUGCGACCUUGUAUUUCCAUAGGGUUUUUAGUUAGGGGUAAUUUGCGGUUUAUGGAAAACGCUGCAUAAAGGGAUGGUCCAAUAUUUCAGCUACAACAUUCAUUUGAAACUUUUUGCUAUCGGCCCAUCCCUUUGAGCAGCGUUCUCCAUAAACCGCAAAUUACCCCUAAAAACCACCCCUAACUAAAAACCCUAUGGAAGUACAAGGUCGCAAACUUAAUAUGUUAUUAAGCACAUGAAAAUGAACCGAUCCCCCCCAAAAAAUGUUAACUUCUAUUUAUGUUGAGGUAAACUUCCUUCAUUGCUUGGCCUAUAAUUACCUAUGUUAAAAGUAAGAUAGUUGACUGUAAUAAUUGAACAAUAUGCCACUUUAAUAAACCUAGCAGCCAAAACAUAAAACAUAAAAUAUAAAAUGACUGCGUAUAAUUUGUAUUGAUUCCGCGAUUGGUUACUUGAGAUUUGUGAAACAUGAUACCAUUAUGAUAGGUACAGUCGGCAACUAAAGUAAUGUCCCUCGAUGUGCGGCAGCCUACUUUAUUGCUACACAACUUGGCAACGGCGCCGGCGACGCGACUCGCAACCCAUUGCGGCUAAAUGUUUACAGUUUACAUUCUUCUUCUUCUUCUUCUUCUUUAAUAAUGGCACUGCUCCUUUACGGGCAACUUGCCAGCUCAUUCGUGGCAGGGUGACUUUGUCUGGCUCUCAGCCAUAUCAAACCCCGCGAAUUGUUUGUAGAGUUCUGCUGUGGAGUAAGAGAACCGCCACCGGGGUUGGUUACCCGAUCUUGGUUGAUAUGAGUAUUGAAUUGCUGUGUAUUACUAAUUUUAAGGGGUGAGGUGUUAACAAACAAUACAACAUAGGAUACAUACAAUUGACACGGACAGCACAAUCGAUAUUGGCUUGCUGAAAAAAGAAAGAAGACACUAGUUUCAUAACUUUAUUUUAUUGUAGACAAGGAAUUUCAUAAGUAUUCUGAUUCUUGUUUCUGAGAGUUUUGAUAAAAUAAGAGACAUAUUUAAAGGAGGUUGAAGACCCGUUAAAACUAUCUGCUGAUAAAUAUCAAAAUUGGGAAUGAAAUUGAUUGGACACUCUAGGAAAAUAUGAUCCAACGACUCUUCUCGACCGCAUUCACAGUUCGGCUCCUCUUUGAUGUUAAUUUUAUAGAGGUGAGAUGAUGUCAAACAAUGACCCGUGCGCAUUCUUAUCAUCGUUGUAAUAUAUUUACGAUUUACAAACUCGAAAGCCGUGAACCAUUUCUUUUUGGGGAAGGAAGACACUAUUCUUGAAUAAAAAAUGCCUUUAAAUUUCAGUGAAGCCUGCCAUAGCACAUUGUGCUCCUCAAUAAUUUUCUCCUUUGCAAUGCUUACUACCUCUGAUCUGUCUAGGUCCAUUUUCAAUGGGACAUUUAAAGCUGUGCCUAUUUUGGCCAAUUUGUCCACAGUCUCGUUACCCUCAAUCUGUGAAUGUCCCGGAAUCCAGGCCACAGAUAUAUCUGAGCCAUUGUCAUUGGCUAUCAGAAUCAGUCUUUUUGUUUUUAAAGACAAGUUAUCCCUGCAUGGGUCUAAGUCAUUCUUGUCAAUUUUCCCUAUGGCUCCUUGGGAGUCUGAGAAGAUGAUAACAUUUUUGAUGCCCUUUUUCAAAACCACCUUCAAUGCCUCAUAUAUAGCAGCCACCUCCGCAGUACAAAUACGAAGAUUAUUCGGGAGUCGGCAUGAAAAAUUAUAAUCAAUUUGGGAAUGUGUAUCCCAAAUCCAACCCUAGAGUUAUUUUUUGAAGCGUCUGUGUAUACAAAGGUAUGAGUAUUUUUAAAAGCAGAGGUAGAAGCUAGGAAAUUUUUGUUUUGAGAAAUUUCACUUUUUUUUAGAUUUAGGUCAAUUAUUUUUAUCGGGUUUAUCAAAAAGUCAGUCUUUAUUUCAAAUAUGGGGUAAUGAUUUGAUCUAUAUAUUGUUUUAAAAUGAGGAAGGAGGUAAUUAUAUGCUUGUAUUAGGUAUGGUGAUUCUUUAUUUUUCCAGAAAUUUGCAUUUCUGGCACACAAGUUUCUUAGUUGUUGAAUUGUACGAAUUAAAGGGUGAUCAUUUAUAACUAUGAUUUUGCUCAAAAAUUUAACAGCAAGGAUUUUUCUGCGGUGUUCUAAAUUUAUUUCUGCAGCUUCCGAUAGAAGUGCGUUUGUGGGAGUGGAUCGCAUGCAACCCAAAGCUAUUCUCAAACUUUGCAUUUGAGCUGUAUCCAAUUUUUUAAGAAAGGCAAUACUACAGGGUUUAAUGAAAAUUGAGGCAUAAUCCAAAUGAGAUUUAAUAAGACCAUUAUGGACCAUUAAAAGAGUUUUGGGGUCUGCUCCCCACCACACUCUGCAGAAUGCUUUCAUUAUAUUAAUUCCUUUUUGGGUUUUUGCGAUCAAAUACUCUAUGUAUUUAUUCCAUUUUAAAUUUUUUUGAAAAAUAGUUCCCAAGUACUUGGUUUCAUUUUUGAAGUUUAAAUUCACAUUAUUUAUUAUUAUUGUG